CAUCCUAUACUACUGCGGGACUUUGGCGUCAAUGAAGAAAAUAAGGAUCCACAUUCUUCAUGCUAUAGGAGUGUGAUCAUAAAUACUAGUAAAGAAAUGCCCGCUGAUUUUAAGGAUAAACGUGUCGUUAUUGUUGGAUGUGGAAAUAGUGCUAUGGAUAUUUCGGUGGAAUUAUCAGAGACUGCAUCGUCGCAAGUUUAUAUUUGUGUUCGUCGAGAACCUAAAAUAGAACCAUCGAAUUGCCAUCCGACAAUGAAGACCAAUUUUUACGAACGCCUCUCAACAGGAACACUUAUUGUUAAACCAAACAUUGCACAAUUGAACGAAGAUGGUUCUAUCGAAUUCAUGGAUGGAACUAAAGUUGAGAACGUCGACGUAGUAAUCUAUGCUACAGGAUAUCAAAUCGAAUUCCCAUUUUUAGAUAGGGACAUUGUCUGUGAUAAAGAAGUUUUGAAAGAAUUUGACGAAGAAUAUAGAGAGAAUUUGGUUUGGUUGUAUAAAAGAAUGUUUCCACCGAAAUAUCCUAAUAUUGCCUUUAUUGGCUUGGUUCAGCUGAUAGGUCCGAUAUUUCCAUUGGCCGAGAUGCAAGCACGUUAUGUUACAAGUUUAAUUCGCGGUUACAUACCACCGCAUCCUUCAAUCCCCGAAAUGCACAAAGAAAUUCGAGAACGUCAAGAGUUUUUACAAAAAAGUUUUUAUAUAGCAGCAAGACAUACAAUUCAAGGCUACUAUCUUCCAGAAUUAGAUUAUUUAGGCUGUUAUCCACACCCAUUGCAAAUAAUAAGAAAAUAUGGAUUUUCUUUAUAUUUGAAAAUUUUAUUUGGAGUUCCUAACUCUUUUCAAUAUCGUUUAGUGGGACGGCAAUCUUGGGACGGCGCGGACGACGCAAUUAAAGUUUACAACGGUUGUGAACCAUCUAAGAUAAAAAAAUCAUAA